AUGAGCUCCAACGAGGUCCCUGACUUUGACAUGGUGUUCAAGCUGUUUCUCGACUCCCGUGCGGCCACCGAGGCAUACCACGAUACGAAUCUCGCUGCGACCAUCGGCAGCAUGACUGCUGGGGACACGGUGAACCGAUGCGUGGCUCCUGGGAAAACCGUCGAGCAAAUGUGUAUCGACUAUCUCAGACCGCUAUACGAACACAUCCUGGACUCUCUGCGUCAAGACAAUGCCCAGCUAGACACCCUCCGAAUCAAGUUCGUGAUCACGACGCCAGCCAUGUGGAGCCCAGCCUCUCAGGACCUCAAGAGACACGCAGCGUUUGAGGCCGGAUUUGGUCGUCGAUCAGCUGAUUGGGUGGAUAUCGUUUCUGAGCCCGAGGCCGCAGCCAACCACUCCCUCAAGUUGUUGCUCCGCGACAACAGCCGAGAACGGCAAGGCCUUCACUCUUACGCUGUCGCAGCUGGCUGGGAGGUUGGCAAUAACAUCCUCAUAGUUGAUGCAGGGGCGGGCACAGUAGACACGGUGGUGUACGAGAUUACUGGUCUCGAUCCUCUGCAGGUCAAAGAGACCAUCACACCAAAGGGAGGUCUAUGCGGCGCUGCGUCCAUCGGCUGUGCCUUUCAUGCUCUACUAGAAGAGCGUCUCGGCGGCCAAAAGCACUUGCUCACACCCGGGAUGCGAUCUCGGGGAAGUACUCUGAUGAAGAACUUCGAGGAGCACAAAGUCGACUUUGGAACCGAGCUGAUUGACGACGAUGCCACGGUCUCGAUAGUUAUCCACCACGGAAUCACAGAGCUGUCUCCUGUUCUAGAACACGACAUCACGUCCCACACAAUAAAUCUGACCCGGGCCGAUUUCCAAAACCUCUUCGACCUAGCAGUCGACACUGUGAUGGAACUGGCCACGGAUUUAGAACGGCAAGUGAGGGCAGGUUCUUCUCAGCGCCGAAUCAAAGCCAUGGUGCUUGUUGGUGGGUUCGGGUCAUCGGCAUACCUCUACGACAGACUCAAUCGCUGGGCACAGGCACAAGAACCCCCGGUCUACGUCAAUCAGCCUUAUGACGGGCCGCUAGCCAUUGCAAAAGGCGCAGUGGCAUACGGAAUCAACAGAAUGGAGAACACACGCCGCUUCCUCCCAUGCCACUAUGGCGUGUUUCUCGAUUUUCCGUACAACCCAGACGAGCAUUUAUAUGCGGACACAUAUAUCGACGAUUUCGAUGGACAUCGCUAUUGCAACACUACAGUCGAGUGGUUCGCGCAGAAGUCGAGGUAA